CCUUGACAGCUCUGACAGGUCGAGUGCAUCACAACAUAACCUAAGUUAUCAGCUGAUUGCAGGUGAUGACCGCAGUAGUACUCAGUAGUUGGGGAUGUACUAAAGAUGCAAUAUAAACGCUGAGAUAUUUUCAAAAUGGAUAAAAAGGCUGUAGUAGUGGCAGGAGAAGCUCCAGAGUCUGAUGAAGAUACCCUGGACAUAAAAACGGGUUUGACCUUCAAGUGCUUGCCUGAUGCAUCUGGAACGAUAAUAUCUGGAGAGGCGACAGAAUCAGAUGACGAUGGGGGGAGUUUGAGUAGUGCAAGCAUAGCAAUUGAUGCAACCACCUGUCCUUACAUUAACGUAAAAUCAAUGAAUGAUAAGAAGUUCAUAAAAUACAACAGCUUACUCCACAAAAAAUUGCACGACUGCAAUGAGUCACUUCGGGGAAAUAUACUCCGUCUGACUGAUAACACUAUUACUACUGGUAUUCAAGAGCUUACUGGAAUCAAUAAGCAGUUGUUGAAAAGUGAAUUGACAGUUCAGGAAGCUGCAUGUCAACUGAGAAAUGCAUCUGCCAGGUGGAAUGAAGCCUCCAGUAUUCUUUUUCAGAUAAUAGAUGGAAACUUCUUGAAUACCAUUAAAACGUAGACCAUACUGACAAACAAAAUUCAUUAAAUGUUUUUGUUAUCAAAAAAUCCACUUUAUCUUGGAUAUUUAGAUGUACGAUUGCGUUAUUUGAGUAUUGUGUAAUGCCAAAAAAAAUGAAUAAAGAUUGUUCAAACAUCUAAUUUAA